GGCGGAGCGGAGCCCGGGGCAGAGGCCGCGCCGCUCCCGGAUUGCCUUGUCCCGCCCGCCUGUCCCUGUUUCGGGACAGCCGCUCCCCCCGCGGCUGGGGCAGUGCCGGCAGCUUUCUUCAGUUAUGCUGCUCGCGGCUGGGAGCUCUGCCGUGCUCCUGGGCCGCCAGCAUUGCGCUGGCUCCUGGUGAAGGGCUGCGGAGUUUUACCGUUUAACGUGUGUGCUACGGCUGCACCGGGCUAGCGGGGCCCGCAGGACACCUGAGCACGCUGUCACUUAGAGAUUCAAGAGCACUUUAGCAUCUCCUCGGGGUGCUUCCUUCUUUCUUCAAUUAGCUCCAACAAGCAUCAUGAGGUUUCUAAGUAGUUGUGCCACACCUUUUGAUGCCUCCGAAGAAGAAGUGUACCCACAAGGCCAGGAAGGCAGAGCUGGUUUUUCUUGAGAGGCCACAGGCAGGACCCAUCCAUUGUUAUGAAACUCCCCUGCGUUCGGCUGAGAAUCCCAGACGUGUGCCUACAAAACCUGUGGACCGGAGCACCUCUGCUGUCUGGGUGUGCCCACAAUUUGACACAACUAAGUCAGUGGUAUUGAAAGCAUGCCAGAAGAAGCGUCGUGGUCCUCACAAGCCCUAUAAUCAGAAUGCCAACCACAGUUCAUUUCAUGCAGGAGGAGCUUGCAGAUUUCCUCCUUUAACUUUUGAGAAUCCAGAAGGACAUGAGUUCCCUGCAUUGGAUGAUCCAAAUCACUCGAGAAAGAAUGCACAAUGCUCCCACAAUCAGCCUAAGAAAGGGACAGCAGCAAACCCUGACUUCCAGGUGAAGAGUCCAGAGAACUGUGGAGAGCCUGCUCCCCCGCCUGUGGAGCAAGAAGUCCUUUGUCCACCAGAUGCAGAGGCUACACAGGUUCCUUCUCCAAGGAAUGUAGGAUGCAGCGACACUCCACCACAAAGCAGUCGUGCCUGGCAUCCAGAGAAUGAGCUGGCAUUUGGUAUUGAUCCCUGUGGGAGAGGGGAGGCGGCAGCAGUGCUGGUUACGGACACUCCCGAGCACGAGUAUGGAGUAAAGGUCACCUGGAGAAGGCGGCCUCACAUAAUGAAGUACCUGCGGGAGCAAGGGAAGCUGAGCGCUGCGGACAUCUUGGUGAAGGCAAACAUGGAGCUCUGGAGGGGACAGGCCGACUCCUGACCGGGCGGGAGCUGCUGCGUGCAAGAACACGCCCGAACAGACGAUGUCAGCUCGGGGGCUGAACAGGGGACGUGAUUUCAGCCAGGCCCUCCUACUGCGCCUCUGCGCCUGGCAGAG